ACUUGACAAUGCAGCAACUUAAUACGUAAGAGUAAGUUGCCAAUCACGGUCAGUUGUUCACUUCCUGGAGCUGUCUGGUAUUAUCUUUCCAUUGGAUUUUUAUAUUUAACAGAAAUAAAGUUUUUUUCUUAUGAAAUUUGAAGAUGAAUCCUGGACAGUGGGAUUUCCCUGCAGAACUUUGCUGCCGGCCUAUGGCAUUUGUGGCACUCACUGGUCUGGAUACACGUUACAAUGCUGUUCAUCGAGCUAUAUGGGAUGCUUUUUAUGCUAAUAGAAGAGCUGACCGAGUACCAAUAUCGUUUAAAGUACUUCCUGGUGAUCAUGAAUAUCCCAAAUGCAGAACCAAGAGGACAUCAUAUGAAUGGUAUAUCCCAAAAGGAAUACUGAAGACUGGCUGGAUGAACAAACAUUUAAAUCUUGUUCCUGCACUGGUAGUUGUUUUCUAUGAACUGGACUGGGAUGAGUCACAGUGGAAAGAGAAGCAGUCUGAAUGUGCAACCCGGGUUGAAAUUGUUCGGCAGAGCCUUCAAGGAAGAAAUACUAAAGUGGCAGUGGUUUUGAUCCAGAAGAAGACACCCUUGCCUCCUGGUGAAGACAUCAUUGCUUCAGAACGUGCUGCUGCACUGUGCACUGCUUGUGACCUCUCUGGAAAGUUAUUGUUUGUACUGCCACACACUGAUCAUCUUGUUGGCUAUAUUAUCAGGUUGGAAAAUGCUUUCUAUGAACAUGCACAGACCUAUUACUACUCUGAGAUUCGGAGAGUGAAGUCACAUAAAGAGUUUCUAAAUAAAACUACACACCAGCUUCUGUUUGUUAGACAUCAGUUCAAGAUUGCAUUCUUCAGUGAGCUCAAGCAAGACACUCAGAGUGCCCUGAAAAAUUACAGGAUAGCUUACAAUCUUGCACAUGAACUAAGAGCACAUGAAACAAACAUGCUAGAAAUAAAGACGAUGGCAGGAUUUAUAAACUACAAGAUAUGUCGCCUCUGUUUCCAGCUUAAUGUUCCUUUGGAUGCAAUUGCACAGUUUAGAAAGCAUAUUGAUCUGUGCAAGAAAAAAAUUGGAAGCGCUGAACUCGCUUUUGAACAUGCUGCGUGGAUGUCUAAACAGUUUCAAGCAUUUGGGGAUCUCUUUGAUGAAGCUAUUAAAAUGGGACUUACUGCAAUUCAAACUCAGAACCCUGGAUUCUAUUAUCAGCAGGCAGCAUACUAUGCACAGGAACGGAAGCAGAUGACACAUCAACUUUGCAGCCAUGAUAGAUCUGUUUCUUAUCCCAGUCCAGACCCAUUAGAGACUCCAACUGGAAUGUUAGACUUCUAUGGACAAAGAACUUGGAGACAAGGCAUACUAAGUUUUGACCUGUCUGACCCUGAGAAGGAGAAAGAAAAAGCUGGCAUCCUUGCUCUUCAGCUGAAAGAGAACAGUUUUCAUCAUUCAGAACUGAUCAUCACUCUCCUAAGCAAUGCUGUUGCGCAGUUCAAGAAAUACAAGUGUCUAAGAAUGAGGAGCCACCUGAUGGUCCAGAUGGGGGAAGAAUACUACCAUGCCAAGGAAUAUGCCAAAGCCUUGAAGUUAUUGGACUACGUGAUGUGUGAUUAUCGCUCAGAAAGAUGGUGGACUCUGCUCACAUCUAUCUUGACAACAGCUCUGAAAUGUGCUUACCUGAUGGCUCAAGUGAAGGACUAUAUCACUUAUUCCAUGGAAUUGCUAGGCAGAGCCUCUGUCCUGAAAGAAGAUCAAAAGUCUCGAAUAGAAAAGAACCUGAUUAAGGUUUUAAUGAAUGAAAGUCCUGAGGCAGAACCUGACUGUGACCCUGUAGCCGUGAAAGCUGCACAGAAGCUGUGGUCUGAUCGCAUGUCUCUGGCUGGCGACAUCUUCACAAUAGAAAUGCAAGACUAUCUUCCAUUUGUACAAUGCAAGGCAAAGUUUCUGUUUCCAAGUUUCCAUGUUGAUGUUCCUGUCCAGUUCCAUGUGUACCUGAAAGCAGAUUGUCCCCAUCCAAUUCGAUUUUCUAAAGUGUGUGUUAUUUUCAACAAUCAGGAGUACAAUCAACACUGUGUGAUAGAAGAAGCAUAUCAGAAGAGUGAUAUUCUGGAACAAUCACCACAAGGAACAAUGUGUCUUGUUCCUGGUAAAACUCGCAAAUUCACAUUUAAAUUUGUGGCUAGGACAGAAGAUGUUGGGAAGAAAAUUGAGAUUACCUCUGUGGAUUUGAUUUUGGGAAGUGAAACAGGUAGGUGUGUGGUCUUGAAAUGGCGUGGUGGUGGCGGUGAUGCUGGUUCCACUCAUGAAGCUCUACAAGCAACCCGUUCCUUCAAGAGAAGACCCAAACUUCCAGAAAAUGAAGUAGAUUGGAAUAGUGUAGCAAUACAAGCAAGUACUAUGGUGAUUUCUAGAGUCCCGAAGAUCUGUGUUCAACUACGACAUGAGCCUCCAGCAUUGACAAAUGAGAUGUAUUGCUUGAUUGUGACAAUUCAGUCAAUGGAAAAUACCACUGUGAGGGAUGUCAGGCUCACUGCUGGAUUAAAACCAGGGCAAGAUGCCAACUUGUCUCAGACCACCCAUGUAACCCUAAAUGGGUCAGAGAUGUGUGAUGAGAUGCACCCUUCCUUGCUUACAGACAUUCCCAUUGAAGAUUUGCAGCCAGGUGGAAAGUUAGAAAAGCCGAUAUAUAUCCAGUGUGGAACAGUUGGUUCAAGGAUAAUAUUGGUCCAUGUUUCCUAUACCAUCAGUGUUGUUGUUGAAGAUAAAGAAAUUCUUUGCAAGUGCCAUAAGGAUGAAACCAUCACUGUCGAAACUGUUGUACCAUUUGAAGUUGCUGUGAAGUUUGUAACUACAAAGUUUGAACAUCUUGACAGAGUGUAUGCAGAUGUGCCGUUUCUUCUGAUGACUGACAUCCUUAGUUCAUCAUCAUGGGCACUCACUGUGUUAACCAGUGAACUCCAGCUUGCACCUACUAUGAAAGCAGUGAGUCAACUAGAGUCUCAGGUGGAAAAAGUAAUUCUUUAUACUGGUGAAAGUGCUAGUGAAUGCUUCUGCCUUCAGUGCCUUCCAGUCACGAGUGGCCAGAAUGCAGUCGCAACAGGACAGUAUGUUGUCCACUGGAAAAGAAGUUCAGCUGCUGAAAGUGUGCCUGUUAUCAGAACAGUGAUUACCCUACCCCAUGUAGUGGUUGACUCCAUCCCUCUCCACAUCCAAACAGAGUUGCCAUCAUUUGGCCGUGUAAGAGAGUCUUUGCCAGUUAAGUAUCAUCUGCAAAACAAGACUUCUUUAGUACAAGACGUUGAGAUUUCUGUGGAGCCCAGUGAUGCCUUUAUGUUUUCUGGUUUAAAGCAGAUCAGACUACGCAUUCUACCUGAUACCAAGCAAGAAAUGUUAUAUAACUUCUAUCCUCUAAUGGCUGGUUAUCAACCUCUGCCUUCCCUCAACAUCAACUUGCUGCGCUUUCCAGCCUUCAGUAAUCAACUUCUACGGCAAUUUCUGCCAUCUCGUAUUUUUGUCAAGCCACAAGGAAGGCAAGCAAAUGAUACCUCUGUCUCAGCUGCCUGAUGGGAAGAUAGCUUAUUCUAAAGACUGGACAUUCACAGAAAUUUUCUGACUCUUAAGCAGUGACUGCACACACAAGGGUUGAGCACAAGUUUCAGUUCUGUUGAAAUCCUAAAGUUCUUACACAGAGGACAGUAUUGGAGACCACCACUUCUGCCAAAGAUGUAAACAUUAAGCACAUUUAUUGAAAUGUUGACUUUUGAAGUAAACAGCAGUUGAAUUACAGUUCUUGCUGUACUCUGGGAAAGCAGCUGCAUCCUCUGUGACUGAUGGAGAUGAUUUUGUGUGGAAGUGCUUCUUGUUAAAUGUAUCUAUUCCCCUACUUUUGUCACCUGAAACCUGUCAUUAUGAACAAACUAGCACAUUUAAGCUGUUUCUGCUGUAUUUUAUACAGUUUAGCCCUAUUUGUUUUGUGGGGAACAUAAUUUAUAUACAAGAAGCUCUGCAUUAAAGCAAAGAAAAAAUAAAGGAAGGACAAAUAAGUGCAUCCAUUGUCUUCAAGAUAUUUUGGCAAGCACGUGUUUAUGGUUGGCUGAAUUUUUCUUGUAUUGGUAAAGUCAGAAAGCCAUCGCACUAGGUACCAUUACUUGUGUGAUGGUGGAGUUCUGUGUAAACCGAUAUCAUGGUGUUAAAAUAAGUGGACUGACUACUAUUUGUCUGUAAAUUACUGUGAUAUUAAAUUUUGUGUAUUUAUACAAGUC